AAGUUCUAACUCCAUCGAGACAGCAUAUCUGUUCUUCGACUGCGUUCAUUGAUAACAACUACUUUACUGAUCUCUGUAUGCUUUCCCUUUGCUUUUGAGUGUUUCAUUCGCAGCAUAUCCAUCAACAAUCAUGGAAGACUCGUCUACAGAGCUAGAUGCUCUGAUCAUUGGCGCCGGGUUUGGAGGCAUAUACCAACUAUACCGUCUGCGACAACUAGGUCUCAAUGUCAAGGUUAUCGACAUGGCGGGCGACGUCGGGGGCACAUGGUAUUGGAACCGGUACCCCGGAGCCAUGAGCGAUACGGAGAGCUUCGUAUAUCGAUAUUCAUGGGACAAAGAGGACUUAGUCACCUAUCCGUGGACGCAUCAUUAUGUCAAACAACCCGACGUUCUAGCAUACCUACGGCACGUUGUCCAGCGACACGACCUUCGGAAAGACAUGCAAUUCAACACCGAACUCCUCUCGGCUGACUGGGACGAAUCUACAAACCACUGGCGGGUAGAGCUCAGCACUGGUAAGACGUACCACGUGCGAUAUCUGGUCACCGCCCUCGGCCUCCUUUCCAAAGCCAACUACCCAGACAUCCCAGGCAUCAACACAUUCCAAGGCCGAAUGUGCCAUACAGCAGCCUGGCCCGAAGACCUCGAUGUGACUAACAAGCGCGUUGGCAUUAUCGGCUGCGGCUCCACGGGUGUGCAAGUCAUAACCGACAUAGCUCAACGCGUCAAAUCACUUACCUGUUUCCAACGACAUCCUCAGUACACGGUCCCUAGCGGUGACCGCCCGGUCGAGCCUGGUUACCGAGAAUGGGUGAACGAGCACUACGACGAAAUCUUCGACCAAGUCAAGAACUCGGUUGUCGGCUUCGGUUUCGUCGAGUCCACCGUGCCUUUUAAUUCCAUUAAGACAGCUGAAGAGCGCGAAGCCAUCUUCGAGCGGCUAUGGAAGCAAGGCAAUGGAUUCAAGUUCAUGUUCGAUGGGUUCAGCGACGUCGCGACCAACAAAGAAGCCAACGAAGCCGCCUGUGCGUUCAUUCGUAAGAAGAUAUCUCAAAUCGUCAAGGAUCCCGAGAAGGCUCGCAAACUCUCGCCACACGACGCUUACGCCCGUCGACCGCUCUGUGACGGUGGCUACUUUGAGCAAUUCAACCGGCCUAACGUCGAUGUGGUGCAUCUGCAAGAAACGCCCAUCACGAGCAUCACGCCCAAAGGGAUCCAGACCACUGAAGGUCUGCACGAAUUGGACGUGAUCAUAUUCGCGACGGGGUUCGACGCGAUCGAAGGGAACUACAACAGAAUCCGUAUCCGUGGUCGCGAGGGUCUCACCCUCAAGGACUGCUGGGAUCCCAAGGGGCCGACAGCCUAUCUCGGCGUUUCAGUACCCAGCUUCCCGAACCUCUUGAUGAUCACCGGUCCUCAGGGUCCUUUUUCCAACCUACCACCGGCUCUUGAGGCGCAUAUUGACUUGAUCUCAGGGCUCAUCGCUCAGGCAGAGAAGACACGAAAGCAAAGCAGCAGCGGUGAUGUAGCUGCGCCGGUCAUCGAAGCCCUUCCUGAAGCAGAGGAGGAAUGGCUGGAUGAGUGUGAGCGCAUGGCGGAGGGAAAUCUCUUCAAGGAGACCGCAUCGUGGAUUUUUGGGCAGAACGUGCCGGGCAAGAAAUAUGCCUUGCGCUUCUACUUUGGCGGGCUUAAGGCGUUCAAUGAAGCUGUUCAACGGGUCAUUGAUAAUGACUAUUCUGGGUUCAAACCGUUAGCUAUCCAGCCCCAGGAUCAAGGGCAACCGACCGAGGACGGCAAGACGGUUGACCAGGGUAUGACUGCACGCUUAUGAAGUCUUGUAUUUGGUCGGUCCACACGAGAGGAUGGAUUUGAUUGUAUGCAUUUGGAAAUGCCAGACCCAAGUCGAAGGAUGCCGGGACGGAAACGGACAAGUAUCAAUUUUUCUUCAAUUCAUAAACAUAUGCCGUA